GCUUCGCAGACGGCGGCGUCAGCUGGAACAAACAUGUUUCCUUUGGCUUACACAACGCACGCUUGAACUUUUGCUGUUGUGCUGUUGCAGAGCCGACGCCCAGGCGAUGGAGACGGUUUCAGAGGUAGCCUCCACGGAUCUGCCUUCUGUGGUGGCGGCGCAGGGACUCACCUGCUUCAGCCUUGGUGCGGCCGUACUGCUUGCGCGCCAGCAGGUUCGUCACAACAACUACCCGUGCGCCCCCGGAGGACCGCGCUUCACGUUGCUCGACGUCGCACAGACGAUUUUGGCCUUGUGCUCCGCGGUGCUGGCCUUCCUCAAGGGAAUUUAUGUAUUGGAAGGGAAAUGGUCGCUCGAGUUUCUGAACACAUCGACUCUGCGGUUGGCUACUUCAGCCUUCGCCAUGGCGGCCACAUUUAUUACCUUGCUGCUGGUUUUCCUGGGGAGGCUUCGCCGCAGCCUUCCGCCGUCGGGCCUCUGCUGCGCUCUGUAUGGUGCACUGACAGUCGCCGCCGUUGUGGACAUGGUUCGUUUUCUGGAGCGGAUUCACAACGCAGAGGACAUCCACAUUACUGACGUGGAGCUUCAGAGGCCGGUGAUAGUGGUGAGUGUUUUGCUAACGUUUACCACCAUCGGAAACUUCCUCAUCGCCGGUCUCCAGGACACCGUGUUUGCCAAGUCCGCCACUGUCAAGAUACCAUCCGGUCCAAAGAACGAAGAUGACAUGUCGCCCUUUGGAAAGAUUAUUGUGGCGGCUCUCUUCCCGCUUUUCCGAGAGCAGAUACGCGGGAGCAAAGACAUGGACUCUGCAUUUCCGGAGCUGAGACGUGGAAUGAGGUGCAAGGAUCUGGUGACGUACCUGAACACAUGCAUCACACGCGGAAAGAAGGACGUCAUCCGGCGUCGCGUCUUCCUGAAGUCCAUGAUCGGCGUCCUCUGGGUGGAUGUGGUGCGAGUGACUGUUUGCACCUUGGCCUACUUCGGAUGCCUGUUUGCCAGGGUGCCCGCGCUUGAGCUGCUAAUGGCCAGCUCCACCCGAGGAGACAUGACGGCGGCGGCCAUCCUGCUGGUAGCGGUCAGCGCAGCCGAGUAUCUAGUCUCGGUCUAUCACAUGGACAUAGUCAUCGUGUUCGGUUGCCGCAUGCGAGCCAUGAUGCAAGGGGCCAUUUUUAACAAGGCUGUCCACAUGCCUGCCACCAUGAGGAACACCUACCCGACCGGUUCUGUGGUUUCGCUGCUGGCCGUGGACUGCGGCACACUCGCGCUGAGCAUGAUGGUGUUCCCCAUGCCGCUUGGUGGGCUCAUCACUCUGCCCGUGGUGCUGUGGCUCCUGGCCGAGAGGGCGGGCACCUACCCCACACUCUGCUGCUUGGCCUGGAUGAUCGUCGUCUUCGUGAUGCCCUUUUGCGCAUUCAAGUUCCAGAAGAAGUUUUGGCAACGGCAAAUGAAAGCCCGCGAGGAGCGCAUCAAGAGUUUGUCGGACCUGUUCGCAUCCAUCCGGACGGUGAAGAUGUACGCCUGGGAAGGGGCCCUGCAGGAGACGGUGCAGCGUCUGCGUAACAUCGAGUUGUCCUGGCUAUUCCGGGCGAACCUGCUGGACGGUGUGCUCGAUUCUGUCUACACAGCCUCCACCUCUGUGCUGACGAUUAUCCUGUUCUCGGCGCUGUAUUUCUUCGAGCCGGACAUUCACUUGACUCCAGAGCUGUCCUUUUCCUGCAUGUACCUGCUGUACGUUACGGAGUUGACACUCUGCUCAACGGCGCUAAUAUUCAGAAAUGGACGACAGGUAGCGCUGGGUCUUGGUCGAAUAUCAGAGUUCUGCACUGAGAUGGAUCACGAAGAACACAAGGAGAAGGCAUCGUACGAGAUCUACAGAAAAGCAGGUCACGUGAACCUGAGGAAAUGCGGCUUCUCCUGGAGCAGCCCGAAAGAAGAGAACAAGCAGGAGAACCUGAAAGCCGUUAAUCUGGACGUGCGCCCUGGAUCUCUGGUGGGCGUGGUGGGCUUCGUCGGCAGUGGCAAGUCAUCUCUCCUGUCGGGAAUCAUGGGAGAGAUACCCUGCACAGUGGGGCGUGUCGUUUGCACGGGUCGCAUCGCUUACGUGCCCCAGCUGGCACAUGUGCACAACAUGACAGUUCGCGACAACAUACUGUACGGGCAACCGAUGGACUUCGACUUCUACGAAGAAGUGAUCGUCUAUUGCAGACUCGUCGACGACCUUAACAGACUUCCCGCUGGGGACUUGACUGAGAUCGGCGAGAAGGGUGGCAACCUGAGUGGCGGCCAGAAGCAGCGGAUCUCACUCGCACGGGCAGUUUACAGCCGCAGUGACGUGUACCUUCUGGACGACCCACUGAGCGCCUUGGACCCCGUGGUCGGCAACAGCAUCUUCCAGACUGUUAUCGGAAAUACGGGAAUCCUCGGCAACAAGACCCGCAUAAUGGUAUGUAACCAGGGUAGCUACCUGCGUUACAUGGACAAGCUGGUGCUGGUGCACGGCGGAAGCAUCCGCGUCUACACCAACGUUGACGACCUGCUCGCGGACCCAGACUCACCGGAGACACUGAGAGACACGGCACGCGCAGAAGUCAUGCAUUCUUGCGAAACCGACGGGUCAGAAACUAAGGGAGGCCAAGAGAACGAAUCGGCUGGACGCGUCACCGAGAAAGAGCAGCAAGGUUCCGACAAGUCAGCGUUCAGCAUACUGUGUGCAUUGGUGCGGCUGUCCGGCUGGCAGGCCAUGGUGGCUCUUGCGGUGUUCGCAGUGAGCGCCACACUUCUCACACUUCAGCAGCUGUGGAUCAAAGUGUGGACAGACGUGUCAUCAGCACACGACGAAGAGACGACGGAGCACAACGACGACUCUGCCCUCGAGGCGCACCGCACAUCUUGGGUGGGGGUGCUGGUUGGACUCUGCGUCUUUGACGUGGCGUGCCGUGUGGUCGGAGGCCUCCUGCUGGCAGGUAGCAGCCGCUGCCUGUCUCGGCGUCUGCACAGCGCCAUGCUACAGCACGUGCUGGGCAGUCCCGUGUCGCUGUUCGACUCGUCACCGCGUGGCCGCAUCCUGAAUCGGUUCUCGGCUGACAUGGACUUCGUCGACUCACGAACCUUCCUGAGCGGCAAGCAGAGCGUUCAGAGCGUGCUGUUCACCGCGGCCAAGGUGGUCGUCAUUGCGACCCAGUCGCCCAAUGUUCUCCUCGUCGGCGCUCUCACCGUACUCAUCGUCUUCUUCGGACUGCGUCUGUCCGUGAGCGCCUCCUACAAAGCGCGCUUCUUCGAGAGUGUGGUGCUGUCUCGGCUGCUGGCACACGUGACCGAGACCCUGGAAUGCCUGAGCAGCCUGCGAGCGUACGGCGUCGUGCGGCGCACCUGCGACCGCUUCUGCCACCUGGCAGACGGCAACACACGGGGCUACUCGGCCUUCUGCGACACCUACAAGUUCACGCGCGUCAUCACCUCUACGUGCGGCUUCGUCGUUGUGCUCGCCACGCUGCUGCUCAACGUCGUCUUCGUCGACAAGUGGGACUCGAGCCGCAUCGGCCUCGCAAUGAGCUCGGCAUCCUCGGUGCCGCUUGCCAUGAUGUACCUGUGCGUGCUCCUGUUCAACAUGCUCCAGAUGGUCGUGAGCUUCGAGCGGUGCCUCGAGUACUCGGAGCUUCCGCCAGAGCCCGACGUAGCGGAAGACGUGACGGAAGAGAAAAAGGAAGCGCUGCUGCAUUCGCUCUCAGACUGGCCUUCGGAUGGGGCGAUCGAGUUCAAGGACUACUCGGCCUCGUAUCGACCAGGUGUCCUGCCCAACGUGCUGAGCAACGUCACAUUCACAGUUCUACCCAUGGAGAAGGUCGGAGUGGUUGGCAGGACCGGCGCCGGGAAGUCCUCGCUAGUGCUGGCACUGCUGCGGGUGCUGAAGCCAUCCGAGGGGCGGAUUCUGAUCGACGGCGUUGACAUCGUGGAUGUACCGCUGAAAAAGCUCCGCAGUAGCAUUACUGUCAUUCCGCAGGAUCCGAGUCUUCUUAGAGGCACACUGCGGCUCAAUCUCGACCCGACGAACUCGUACUCUGACGAGCAGAUCUGGAAAGUGCUGGGUCAGGCCCACUUGGUCAAUAUGGUGUCAAGCCACUCCAAGAGACUCCUUCUGGAAACGGGCGACGGUGGUUCCAACCUCAGCGUGGGCCAGAGACAGCUGGUGUGCUUGGCGAGGGCCCUGCUGCGGAAUACCCGGUUGUUGCUGCUGGACGAGGCGACCUCGCAGAUGGACGGCGACACGGACAGCCUCAUCCAGAAGACGCUCAGGGACAGCUUCGCCAAGUGCACACUGUUCACCAUCGCUCACCGACUGCACACAGUUCUCGACUACGACAAAAUACUGGUCAUGGAAGACGGCAGAGUACGAGAGUUUGGCGCAGUGUCGGCGCUGCUAGACGAUCCCGGCUCAGCUUUCCACGCCAUGGCGUUCGAGGCUGGCGUUCUGUCUGGGGAAGAUAUGUCCAGCACAAGCACGACGGCGCUGUGAUUAUGAAGGAUGUUUUGGAGAAUGCGAGCAGCACAAAUACAAUUUUUGCUGAAUGCCAGAAAAGGCAACGUCCACUUAGGUCAGCCAAAAAAAAAAAAUCAGCAAUA